CUCGUUCACAAACCAAUGGGAUGGCGAGAUCGAGCCAUGUCUGUGUAUUUUGGGCGGUCCGUACUGGUUCGAGGCGGUGAAUGAUUUUUUUUAUUUCUGCUUUACCUUAUGUUUUGGUGCCUCAGUAUUUUUUUCCUUCCUCGGAGUCGCAAGCAUAUCCAGUGGAUGCUUUUUUUAUCGGUGCAAUUUGAAUGCAAGUCGUUUGCAUUUGUAAACACGCGACUUGCGAUUUUCAUGUGGCGGUCUCCAUGUGUGUAUCGAGGCAGAUCAUAACGUGCCUCGAUAGAUGCUGUAGCAGCAGAGAUAUAUAAACAUCUCGGGAUAGUGAAUUGACAUGCUGGUAUUGAUGGAUGCGAUUAGUGGAUGCGAUUAAUUCACUUUAGCUUAGAGAGAGAUCUAAGGCGGUGGAGAAGAGAACAAUCAUUCUAAUCGAUAUCGAGAGAAACCGCAGCUUACAAAACAUCGUCUGCAGGCUGUGCUGGCCAUGCAUGCAGAGCAACGUGGAUUUUAGAACCAUAUUAUCUUGAGCAUCUCCAGACGGAUGUUUACACUUUACCUGGUGAAAAGAAGGAUUGAGCCAUCCAUAUUGACCUUCACAUCAGGAUUAUUCUUCAAGAUUUCUGGCAUCUUGAAUUGACGUCAAGAGCAGGCUGGUUCAGUAUCGAAGAAACGAAAUCACUUGACGGUCGAGUUCUGAGUCUUUUCGUUUGGUGAUUGCCAGGAAUAUUGUUCAAUAUGUUGAAUGAGAAGGAAAUUAAAACAGUUUUCGGGAAGGAGGUUUAUAUGGCGGAUUCUAUAUUGAAGCGCAGAUGGAGAAAGGGGCGCUACGAGUACUUCGUAAAAUGGCACGGAUGGCAAAGCAAAUUCAAUACGUGGGAACCAGAAACCAACAUUCUUGAUAAGCAGCUUAUCUGGGCAUUUGAACAGGAGCUCGAGAAACAUCGUAUUCGUCGUGUGAGUCUAAGAAGCGGAAUCACUACCAGUAAGAAGUACUCUCAGCUUAUCCCUGAACCUGUAUUUCUGGGACACGAACAGACGGCUAAUAAUGAGAAAGCAUCUGCAUACAGAUUAUUACAAGGCGAAGAGUCGCGUCCAACCAAUCACCACAGCCACCGCCACCACCAUCAUCAUCGCCUCCCAAAGCUUAUUUUAGUACCCUCCUCCAACACCAAAACUCCCCGUCGCAUUAAAACGCACCGCCCAAGCUCAACUAGCAAAACACCACGAGUUGGUCACGUUUCGCAGCCACCGAGUCCGCAUCACCGACCAUCAACUCAUUUCACGCCCGAUAAGAAUAACUCUGCCUCACCUCAAAUUGUCGAGAAAUGUCAGGAGAGCACCCAAGAGCACUUGACAAGAAAUUUGACAUGCGAAGACGUUUGUCAACAAAAAGAACGGAAGACCCCGACAAACGAAGAGCCGGCAUACAAGCCCGAGUUGGAUUGCCUUCGUCGGAUCAAGUUCAAAUUGAGCUGGAGGUAUGAUAACAUCGAUUCGGCGACCAAGAUUGAAAAGAAUCCGCGCACAAACAUGGAAACGGAUACUCCGGCAGACGAUAAGCCCAAACUUUUUGAUCACACGAUAUCGACGUCAUUGAAUUCGACAACGCCAAGCUGUAAGGUAAGCGAAGAAAGGGAAGGAAAGGAGGAAGAGGAGGAAGAGGAGGAAGAGGAGGAAGAGGAGGAAGAGGAGGAAGAGGAAAUGGAAAAGGAAGAGGUUUUGAUGGAUGGUGAGGUGCAACAGCUUGAAAUGUGCGCGGCGGAUGGUGAGGUGUAUUGCGAAGGAGUUGAUGACGAUCGAGAAUCGCUUGAGGCGACAACUAAUAGUGUGGACAUUGGACAGAUGAUGACGUCAAUGACCACGCUUUACAACAGCACGAAUGUCAAUGGCCCGAAGGCUGUAGAGGUAGCGGAUGAGGCAAAUACGACCUUGCUUUCACCAUACGCUUCAUCGUCAACGGAGGCGAUGGACCAAGGCUCUGAUGCUUACUCCAACCAACUCUCCGAUUCAGACCAACCCCAUUCAACAAUCUCGCAAGAUGACGUCACAAUGACCGCCUACACGAAUCAGGGCACUAGCAGAUGGGAAGACAUGGCGGGGGAAAUGUGUCUCAAAAACUCUAUUGUUGAAGGUUCUGAUGAUUCUGAAAUGAGUUCCUUUGAAAUAAAGACUGAAUUCAUCGAUGAAGGUUUUGUGGAUUCAAACAACAAUAGUGAGUUCGUUCUGGAUAUGAACGUGCACUCCUAACGAUAUUUCGGGACCUGUCUAUGUACCAUUACCAAAGAUUGUCCAUUGAAACAAGAACUGUUUGAAGUUACAGAAUGGAAACGCUCCCUUAUUAUUGUACCUUUCAUUCCAUUCUAAACACCUGGUAUUGUAUUUGUUAGAUGAUGAUGACGAUUCACCUCUCAUCAGUUCCUUCGUACAUUCCAACAUUGAUAGGUGAUAGGCAUUCCUCUAGCACACCUAGAUUGAAUCUUAUGGCCAAAUGGGUUACCAAAUGACGUUUUUAUUGCUUGUAGGAACAACUUAAAUGAAACCAGGGGUGUUUCACAAAGACUGAGAGCGACUUAAAGUUGGACUUGACGAUGGCAGACCGCUCAUGCCACUGUUUGCUCUCAUCAUUUACUGGCAUUGAUCUCUCAAGGGAUGUACAAAUCAUGGUAAAAAAAAUA